UGUUGUUCCGUAUUUAUUCUCCGGGCGACCUCUCCCACAGCGACACGCAACCCGACCUGCAGGUGAGCAGGUUCAGCUGCGUCUUCCCCGUUUCCUUCCUCGCAGGCUCAGACACGCAUUAUUUGAAUAAACGGGUUUGUGGAAACGAUGCGCUUUACUCCAAAAAAGAGCCAAGUUCCCCCGAUGAUUUCGGGAUUCGCAAACGGGACGCGGUCGCGCGUCGAGUCCGAGGAGCGCGUCCUGCUAUGAGGGAAGACGGUUCGAACGGGCAGCAGCAGCAGCAGGGCGUAAAGUUCAUCAGAGCCGUGCAUUAUCAGCAGCUUGUGGACCUGACAUGUGCACACCCAGUGAGACGGUAACCUGAGAUCCCAUCCAGAGGGAAAACCAGGAUGCAUCCCAUUGCGUCAGAGCUUUUAGGCAAGACCAAUGGAGGCAGUGGUUGCAACGCUGCCGCACCAACCGUGCUGCUCCUCCUGUGUCUUGGCCUCCUUCCCUCUGUGGCCUCUUGCCCACCCUACUGCCUUUGUGCGAGUGAUAUAAUUUCCUGCAGCGGACGAAAUCUGUCUGUGCUGCCCAUCGAUCUGCCAAGCUAUGCCACACGGCUGGAUCUGAGCCACAGCACCCUCACCGCCCUGCAUGUCGGCUGGAUUUCCCGACCGUUUGACAGGCUCGCUACACUGGUUCUUAGCAAGAACUCCAUAAGCGAAAUUGACGUGAAUGCCUUCGCUGUGAUGCCGCAUCUCCUCCACCUGGACCUCUCAUCCAACCAACUAUCAGUGUUGAAUUCGUCCAUCUUCACCGGGUUGAAGGAACUGAAAGAGCUGCUGCUGUUUGGCAACCAGAUCGCCCGCAUCGAACAAGGGGCCUUCAGCAACCUUUACAGUCUGCAGAGGCUCUACCUCUCAGCAAACAGAUUGACUGCCUUCCCACUGGGGCUUUAUGAGGAACCUGGAGGUCCUCGUAACCUAACAUUUCUUGACCUGUCAAAGAACAGGCUCUCCAAGGUGCCCGUCCAGAGCUUGCUGUCUCUUACCCGCCAAGGGGACAUUUAUUUGCAGGGAAACCCCCUGGUCUGUGACUGUGCAUUGCUUGCCUUACUGGAGUAUUGGAUGUGGAAACAGUAUCGACCUCUGGUGGACUUCAUUGGUGACUACCCGUGCCGAGAUGGUGCAGCACCAGGAUUUAAAUGUCCGUCACAGGAAGCAUUGGAUAUGCCGUUUGAGGAGCAGACCUAUCAAGUAGAGCCUGGUAAAUGGUUAAGUGUGCCAUGUCCAGGAUUGACUUUGCCGGUCCAAGAGGACCAGGUGGUUUUCUGGGUUACCCCCAGGAUGGCCCUAAAUUCAUCAACCAAUGAUUCGAGUGCUCAUAUAACAGUUCUUGCCAAUGGCACCCUUGAAAUCCAAGAAGCGAUGAUUAAUGAUUCGGGCACAUACGGGUGCGUGGUAUCCCGUGGACGCCACUAUGAUCCCAGCGAAUCUCUGGAGGUCAGCGUGGUGGUUGGAAACAUAAGCUCUACCGGUGUCAGUGGCUCAGCACAUCGUAGCGGUGCGGAACAUUUCAACACAGCAUUCACCACCCUCGCUUCCUGUGUGGUCAGCAUCAUACUGGUGCUGCUUUACCUCUACCUCACCCCCUGCCGGUGUCGGGGAAACAGAGGCGGGGGCUCGGGUGGAUGCGGCGGACGAGCAAUUAUCCUCUGUUCGGAUCCCAGAGAGGUAGAGUCAGGACAGCGGCGGUCCAAUGGAAAGAGGGUGGCGUUCUUAGAGCCUCGGGCUGAAGACACAGAUAUUGGCGGCCCAAAAACACCAGCAGUGAACUUGGGUCAUAUCACCACAGAGGGAAUUCUAAAGAAUGGAAGUAGGACAGUGGGACAGACCCUCACAGAUCCUGUUCACAUGGCAUAGCAAGAAACCUUUUACACAUUCCUGUUUUUAGUGUGGUCUGAACCCAAGCAGUCUUUUCAGUGUCCUGUUUCAUAUACACGGAAAAAAAAAAUCAAUUUGAUGAAAAGUAGUGCACUGUGAUUCUUGUCAAAUAUUUAUGCAUAUUUGGGUUUGGCUAGUUUGUCUAAAGCAGAAAAUCCUGUUAUUCUGUGGGCAGAAUUUCAAUUAUGUCUCAACAGUAAGCGGUGUCUGCUUUUCAUAUUAAGACUUCAUAUGGAAAUGUUGCUUUUACUACAGGAAAGAUCACAAGGACCAUACAAAUGUGCGUGGGUUUUUUGUAAAUUCCGCUGAGAGGAAUAUUCUCACUUGAUUUAAUAAGCUGUAGGAGGUGGUUAUUAUAGAGCGUGUACCAUGUAUUGUGAAUAAUGCCAUCGUGGUGACCCUUAUUAUAUUUAACCAUCUGUCUCGUAGUAUGGAGCAUAGCUUGUUCCAAACAUACCAGUGACACGUGUACCUGUGAAUUUCCCUUUUUAAAAAAACGACAACAGAGAAAUAAUAUAAAACAUAUCGUGUUGCUAUUAAGUAGAACCCUAAAAAUUGAACUCUGUGUAGUAUGAAAUAUAGAUUUGUGUUGAGUUGGAUUAAAAUGCUGAUGAAAAUUUGAUGAACUGUUAAGAGGAUGGUUACAUGUGUGGUAUCAGGCCAUUCAGAUAUUUAAUUUGGUAUUCUCGGACUCAGACUAAUGGAGGUGAAAGGAUAUUUGUUUGUGCGGAAAAUCACAGAUAAAAACUGCAACGUUCACAAUCUUAAGAGCAGUCAAUCAAAUGACUGUGCUGUUGGAAGGAACUCACACAAUGAGAUAAGCAAAGAGACAGAGAAAGCCAACAUGUAUGACUUCACAUUUGUUCCUCCAGAGGGAGCUAUAUCAAGUUGAUAAAUUGCUUGCGAUGUCACCUUAGUCGGGUGUUUGAAAAAAAAAAAAAGAGCAAAUGCCCGGGAAAGAAGUUAGCUUGCUGGACAUGGCUAGUAGCUUCUGGUCACUAGCGUAAUGUGGCUAAAUCUCUUGACCAGAUCGGUAGGUCUGUGUUGAAUCCUGGGUAAUGUAGAUGCCAGAGUUUUGACAAGAAGCAGAAUGCAUGGAAAGCAAUACCUUUCAGGUUCUUCAAACACGGGAGUGUCACAGGAAUUCAGUGCUAAUUAGCAGCGCACUCUUUUAAAGGUCACUUUUCAAUGCUUCUGAGGCCUCAUACAAAAAUUCCAUUGAGGGCGAUCAGUGAUAUUAAUGACAAAAUCUACCAGCAUGAACAUAUAUCAUGCUGGAUGUAGGAGACAGCUAUGUGUUGCCGGAUUCCAGAAUAGAUCAGGUUAAGCUGGAGCGCCACCUCAAAACAACACCUCCACAGCAGAUCCACACAUUUCCGUCAGCAUUCAGGUCCAAACCUGCCCACCCAAGGCAGGCUUGGACAGACACUUCAGAAGGCUGGUCUCUUGUCCAAUCGAUCCUCGCUCGUCCUAUUAAAAAUGGACUCCUCUGCUUGCCGUCUACCUUGUCACACCGACCCAUGGCUUCUCAGAUUCACUGAGGAAUUGAUCCUUAUCAUUUGAGACAGAAGAAGAGUUCGAGUUUGGUGCUGAAGCCAGUGUCAGCUCAUAUUAAUGUCACAGAAAACAGAAGUAAGUUUGCCAGCUUGCCCCGAGCUCACUGUGACCCACAUUCCUCUGUCAUCCAUAUGUCUGAUUCUUAUAGGUGUGUGGAAUAAUUUCCAAGGUGCCAAGAGACCCAGUAAAGUUUCUUCAGGCAUACAUGUCUACGCCAUCACUGUCUGAAUAUUAGCUUUAUUCCAAUUUCUUUUUUGUUUAAUUAGACACAAUAGAAUACUACGAAAGGUACACUUUGUCAUAAUUGCAAUGAUAAGAUUUGUAAGUAUAAAAUAAAAUGUUUUGGAUGA